UAUAUAACACGUGGCAUGCUGAUGAUUUUUAACUGUGCCUGCCAGCCAGAGAUGAUGAGCUCGCUGGACUUCCCCAGUCGCUGGCGAUCGCCACGGCCGGAGGCGGCGAAGGACCGGACGACGUCGGCGCCGACCGGGUCGACGAAGAGUCAGCGGAGGGCGGCACCGUGGCGGCCGUCGCUGAUGUCGAUCUCGGAGGACGUCGCGCUGUUUGCGACCGGAGACGCCACGGCCAAGGCAGCCGCUGGCGGCGGUGGUGGGACGCGCAAGGCGUCGAAGGCCAAGUCAGCCAGAAGUGUCCGUCCCCGCUCCUUCAAGGACGACUACGGGUACUAUAGAGCAGCUAAACUUGUGCCAGCGUUUGCUCCAGCCGCCUUCAUAUUCUAAAGGGUAAAGCUGAUUCAAGUCAUGAAAUCAUAAAGGAAAAAGAAAUGAAGUUGAUCUGUACCUUCCUUUCCGGUUUGUGUUCUACUGUGUACAUAAACUAAUGCUCCUUCUUUGGCAGCAUAGAAGUUCCUGAUGUGUUUGGUUCAGCAAUCUGAUAAGCACAUAAUAUUGAACACGAAUAUACAAAUAUAACAGAGUUCUACUUAAA